AUGCUCCUCCCGGGCUCCAAGCACUCCUUCACCAUCCCGCAGCAGCAGCAGCAGCAGCAAGAGGCCCAGGCAGCCGCCGCAGGGCCCAAGGAUCCAAAGUCCCCCAACAUGAGCGGGCGGAGGAAGAGAAACGGCUUCGCUCUCCAGUGCAUUCCAGGCGAACACGUCCAAGAAGAGGCCGUCCACGUGAGGAAGAGCAUCCCUUCCCGAGACUGUGGAGGAUUCAUCUCCGGCACCCUCUACUGCACCAAUCUCCGAGUGGCUUUCCUACCAGAUGGCUCCACAAACAUGGCGGACGGCUCCUGCCCCCUGUUCAUGCGCAGCGAUCACGACGUGGCCCUCUCCUGCAUCCGGAGGCUCGUGGCUGUCAACAGCUUUACAAAAGCCAAGGUGCUGACGGGGACUUCCACCCUGAAGUUCAUCCCAGAGGAGCUGGUCAUUUACUGCAGGGAUUUCCGGGUGCUGCGAUUUCGCUUCCAUGAGAGCGGAUUGGAGCCUCAGGCUUUCCGGGUGACCAUGGCCAUCGCGCAGGCCCAGGAGAGCAGCAACAGCAGAGGCCAUGGACUUGAACCUGCAGUUCUGAGGAAUUUUGGUCUUUCCAGGGAACAGCCAGUCGAAGAAGGAACAGGAGGGGACUUCCCCACCCUACUUUUCGAGAGCCCCCAGGACUGGGAGAAGGAGCUGAAGCGUCUCGGGGCAGCUGGCUGGCGGGUCAGUCCGGUCAACGAGCGCUUUGACAUGUCCAACCAGGUAGGCCUUCCUAAGUACCUGUGGGUGCCCAGCGGGUUCCUAGACAACGAGCUGAAGAGGGCCUUUGUGCAUUUCAAUGGACGGCGCAUCCCGAGGCUGAGCUGGCACCAUCCUGGGGGCAGCGAUCUUCUUCGAGCUGCCAGUUUCCACACUGAUUCAGACCCAGAGAAGGAAGACUUGAGGUGCGUGGAAAACCUGCUGCUUGCGGGACACUCCCAGUGCGUGGUCGUGGAGACGGGAGCUGACCUGCCCAGCCUGGCGGAGAUCCAGCAGGCCCACUUCAGACUGUGGGGCCUCAGCCUCUGCCUUGCGGACGCGUUUGUGGCUCCGAUGGACGAGAAGUGGCUCUCGGGCCUGGAAGGCACACGGUGGCUGGACUAUGUGAGGUCAUGUCUGAAGAAGGCUGGCGACGUGGCUGUCCUGCUGGCGGAGAAGAGCCGGUCCAUCAUUCUGCAAGAAACAGAUGACAGGGACCUGAAUUGUUUGCUGGCCUCCCUGGUGCAGGUUCUCUCGGACCCCCACACAAGGACCGUCGCAGGGUUCCAGAGCCUGGUGCAGAAGGAGUGGGUGGCCGCUGGGCACCCCUUCCAGCAACGCCUCAACCUGUGGCAGAAAAACGAACGGGAGGAGUCUCCUGUGUUCCUUCUCUUCCUGGACUGCAUCUGGCAGCUGCUACAGCAAUUCCCACAGUCCUUUGAGUUCACGGAGGCCUACCUGUUGGCCCUUCAUGACAGCACCUGUGUUCCAUUUUUCAGCACCUUCCUAUUCAAUUGCCAGUGGGAAAGAGGGCGGAACAACCAGCACCGUUUUCUCAAUCAACUUUACACUCCUAUAAACGGCUGGCGAGAGACCCUGUGUCUCGAAAUCCUGCCGAAGGACAGCUACCCUGCCAAGGAAGCGGGGGGUGCCUCUUUGCCCACCGUCUGGGACUGGGGUCUGAGAUACAGCCUUCAGCAGAGAGCGCAGUUCCGGAACCCCAGCUACCAACACAGCAGCAGCAGCAAAGAGCCUGUGCAGAAUGGGAACUUCCUGCCCCAAACCAGCAACAAGGUGGAAAACCCUCCUGGGAGCUGGGCCAUGUUCUUAUCCUCCAAGGGCUCUUUGUCUCUUCAAACGCAGCUCUUUCCUUGGAAGAACGGCUCCCUUUCCAAAAAGUUCUCCCGGUGGGCUCUGCUGUCGGAGGGCCCCGGGGAACAGGACAGGCCUUCCAGAGGCAAACCCGGCCCCCGCCACCUUCCCCGCAAGGAUCGGCUGCUCCUCCCGUUGCCUGCAGGGCCUUUUAUCCGGUUAUGGAGAAGAUGCUACCUUCGUGGGAGCCCAGAAGUUCAGGUCGGUCUCUUUGCUUCCUCCAUCGUUGGCCUCACAGAGGAACUGAGUCUUCUCCAAGAGCAGCUGAACAACUGGCAAGUGAGAGAAAGCUACAGCGGCCCAGCCAUUGAGAACGGGAGAGAGCCCCACUAGGGGCCAGUUGACACCACGCCAAGCUCCCUCUUCCCACCCGGUUGAAGGGAGGGGGGCUUUGGAGUAUUCGGUGAAGAGCCGGGCCCAGCGAUGGAACCUGGUUUAUAGACACCUGCAACAGGAUCCUUGAUGCAUUCCCGCUGGGACCAAACAUUCUUCUGCUAGAAGCUGGGACCUACAGACUCUGUUGGCACCUAGCCUAAUGUUCCUGUGCAGAAAGACUCUCCGCUGGAGACCUCCUUCCUCAGCACUGGGCUAUGCAGAACCUCACAGUCCUCACUGGAACUGAAUUCAUGCUGAUAACACACAACAUAGAAACAUAGAGCGGGAAGAGGUACCCACAGGGUCAUCUAGUCCAACCCCUGAACAAUGCGAGAAAUUCACCACCCCCCUCCCCCACAUUCCCCUGCUCUGUGCUCAAAGGAAGGGGAAAAACCUCCAGGGUUCCUGGGCCAAGCUGCCCUGAAGGAAACCGUCUUCCUGACCCCAGGGUGGAGAUUAGCCUUUCACCGGCUCAUCCCUUCUUGCUCUCCCUCUCACCAUCUGCCUAAAUUCACAGAAUCAGCACGGCUGUCGGAUUGCCAUCCGGGCUCUGCUUAAAAACCUCUCAAGGAGACGCAACAUCAGCGUUUUGUAGAGCCAGCCAACUGCAGAGCACUGGCAGAUUUCGUUUUUGCAUGGUAUCCUUUUUUUAAAAAAAAAAAAAAUCCAAACAUUUAAAAA